GAAAAGCUUCGCCUCAGCGCCGGCAUCGCGGGACGGAGAAAGCGCGCGAUAGAUCUGUUGCAGUCUUAGCUGCCAUGAUGCCUGCAGCAACAAUAAAGCUGGACAGCACACCAAUGUAUGACCCUCACCUCCUUCAGGAACUGGACUGGAGCCAGAACACCGCAACAUUUUCCCCUGCCAUUUCUCCUGUGGAUCCAGGUGACGGUUUAGUUUUGAGACCUCUUUGCACUGCUGACAUCAACAGAGGCUUUUUAAAAGUUCUCAGUCAGCUGACUGAAACUGGAAUUGUGAGCCCUGAACAAUUCAUCAAAACCUUUGAACGCAUGAAGAGCUCUGGGGACUACUAUGUUACAGUCGUGGAAGAUACUAAUCUACGAGAGAUUGUGGCUACUGCAACUUUAGUCAUAGAACAUAAGUUCACUCAUUCAUGUGCAAAGAGGGGAAGAAUAGAAGAUGUUGUUGUAAGUGGGGAAUGUCGAGGAAAACAACUUGGCAAACUAUUGAUGUCGACUCUCACAUUGCUAAGCAAGAGAUUGAAUUGCUACAAAAUUACUCUUGAGUGUCUACCAAAGAACGUAGCUUUCUAUAAAAAAUUUGGAUAUUCAGUCUCUGAAGAAAACUACUUGUAUCAAAGGUUCUCCAAUUAAAGACCUUCCGGCUGUAAUCUCUUGCAAUGGACUUCGGGUGGAGGAACUUGUGCUGCUGUCUUCUUUCUCUUUAUGGAAAACAAAUUUGCUGCAAAUGAAGUGAUUACCCCUAGAGAUGGGACAACAAAUACUGCAGACUAAUUAUUUUAGGUUUCCUUGGCAACAGUGAAACCUAUUAGAUGCUUUUUGCAAUCUGGGACAAUGAGCAAAUACUUCCAAGGUAGGGAUGGGUUUUUAGCCAAAGGUAUAUUUUGACCUGGUACUUUUCUUGCCUUGUAUUUUUAAAGUGUUGCGCUGCUUUUUGUCGGCAGCCAGAGUAAGUAAAGAGGUCAGACUGAUUUGUGCAUUUUUUUUUUGUCACGUAGGAAUGAUAAAUGCAGCCUGUGCCAGAUGUAACAAUUACUGUGUUGGUAUUAAUGCGCCUCAAGGUUUCUUGCGGUGAUGGCUUUUCCCAUUGCAGUCACAAUUGAUAGAAAUGACAACAUACAGAACCUUGUGUUUGACCUGGUGAUACAGCUUAUUAUCUCACUGUCCCAGGAGUUAAAACAUGAAGAAAAACUUGGAUAUGCAAAAAUUCUCACAUUUUAAAAAGGAUUUUUGGGAGCAGGAUAUUGUAGCACCAACACCUUCAUCUAACACACCCUCCUUCUGGAAUUGUCAGUUGUAUUCUCUGAAAAUGUGGUCUUCUGCCAAAUUCCAUAGGUUCACAAAUCCAAAAUCCUGGUCUCAAAGGCUGAUCGUGCUUUCACACUUCUUUUGCGGAUAAACGAUUUGUCAUUUCUUGCCAUUAGAUGGCAGUAAGUGUUCAAUGCUCUUCCUGCCAUUUCAACUUGAAGGUUUGUUUGUUUUUUUGUCACAGUAUGGUUUUCAGACCAUUAAAAGCAAAUGAAGGUUAUUAAAGGAAAGGUUUUAUAGUUGAGAAAUUAGCUUUACAAAUAUUACCGAACCACAGAGGCCUACUGUAAAUUGUGGUGGCUGUUCCAUUUCGUGUUUUGCGGUACUUUAACUUUCUUGGAGAUGUUUAAGUUCUAUUUAUUCAAUUUUUAAAAAACAAAACAUUGUAAAACUGAGGUAGAGAUUAUGUUAAUAAAUCUUUUGAAUUUAA